AUAGCCUAGUGAAGAACCCACCAUAUCUGAGAAUUAGCUUCAGCAAUUUGCACCUGUGAACAAAAUAGAAUUGGAGUUUCCAAGCGCUGGGAAACGGAACAAGGACUUAGGGACCUCCAUGGUUCCACAACCACAGUGAUGGGUAAAACACCCAAGCUUGGACGACUCAGUUUCAGAAGAAGAUCAGCCCAUCAGGUAGACCUUGACAAAGUUAAAGUUGCUUGGCGAAAGGGCUGAGAAAACCCUAAAUAAAGGAAGACGGAUUGGUAGAUUAAGCAGAGCAGGAUGUUAGGGAGCGGGCAGUGGGGGCAGGAGGAGACUCGGGAGCUGAUCUUCAUACGGGGUGAGCUUGAGAGGGACUUCACCGCCGCCAAGCACAACAAGACCCUUUGGGAGAUUGUGAGUGCUAGAAUGAAGGAUAGAGGCUAUACCCGAACCCCUGAUCAGUGCAAGUCCAAGUGGAAAAAUCUUCUCAAUCGAUACAAGGGGAAGGAGACAUCUGAUCCUGAGAAUGGCUGCCAAUUUCCAUUCUUUGAGGAACUACAUGCAGUAUUCACCGAAAGAGCCAAGACUAUGCAGCGCCGCCUACUUGAACCCGAAGCAGGUUCCGGUUCCACCCAGGCAAAGAAAAAGGUGAAGAGAACAAUCACGGAAAGAUCCUCAGAUGAAUUCUCUGAAGGCGAGGACGAAGAUGAAAGUGAAGAAGAAAAGCCAGCUCGAGGCAUUUCACACAAGAGGAAAAAAUCUGACAGUACUGUAUUGGAUAAAUCUCCUAGACCAAAUUCUGGCACUAGUACAGGCCUCCAGGAAAUGCUUAGAGAAUUUUUUGAUCAGCAACUAAGGAUGGAAAUGCAGUGGAGGGAGAUGAUGGAGAAGCGUGCCCAGGAGAGACAGUUGUUUGAGCAAGAAUGGCAGCAUUGGAUGGAGAAGCUCGAGAGGGAAAGGUUGAUGGUGGAAAAGGCUUGGAGGGAGAGGGAGGAGGAGAUGAGGAGAAGAGAAGAGAGCCGAGCUGAGAGAAGGGAUUCCUUGUUAACCACACUCUUGAACAAACUCAUAAACGAUAAUAAUUAAUAACCUCUGACCUAGAAUCUAUAUAUACAUAGGCAUAUGUUGUUCGGAUAUUAGAAAGAAAGGUGUUUUAUUUUGAAUAAUGUGGUUUUAGUUUACUGAUUGGUGAAUAGAUUUACUUUAAGUUACUCGGAUUCGUACGUGAGUGUCGAAUUUGGGCAUGAUUAAAUUUUUCAAAGUUUUUUCAUGUAUUUGGAGUGGAGAAUCUUUGGAGGUCGUAUAAUCAUGUAUAUGGGGAACAUAGGAUAUAAUGUGAAUGAUAAUUUCAUUGUUCAAA